AUGGAUGAUGAUGAUUUGGGAAUUUCUGCUGGUAAAUAUGCUCGGCUGGAUGGAGGCGAUGAUAUGAACGAAAAUAAAGAGCGAUAUGCACGCGAGAAUCACAGCGAGAUUGAACGACGGCGACGUAACAAAAUGACUCAUUAUAUCAAUGAACUUGCUGAGAUGGUCCCUCAGUGUGCAGCUUUAGGGCGAAAACCGGAUAAGCUUACAAUACUUCGAAUGGCUGUAUCUCACAUGAAGGCAAUUCGAGGACACAACAAUCAGGAUGAAAGCAGUUAUAAGCCGUCAUUUUUGUCGGAUCAAGAGUUGAAGCACUUGAUUCUUGAAGCGGCUAAUGGUUUCCUAUUCGUAGUAUGUUGUAAUACUGGCAGAAUUCUCUAUGUAGCAGACUCCAUAACACCGGUGUUAAAUUUAAAACAGGAGGAUUGGAUGAACCAUACAAUCAAUGAAUUGAUUCAUCCAGACGACCAUGAUAAAAUCCGAGAUCAGUUAUGUGGAAACGAAGUGGCCAUUAAUAAAGUUCUCGAUUUGAAAACAGGUACCGUUAAACGUGAAGGGGCAGCGUCACGAGUUCAUAUGACGUGUCGAAGAGGUUUCAUCUGUCGUAUGCGCCUUGGUCCGUUAGAGCCUUUGCAUCGGCUGCGAAACCGCCGGCCCCUUUUCCAACAUGGAGGACAUAAUUAUGUUGUUAUGCAUUGUACUGGCUAUAUAAAAAAUACACCACCAACUGGCAUAGAGGCGCCGCCGUCGUCAUGCCUCGUUGCGAUUGCCCGACUGCAGGUCGCUUCAAUGCCAGUAUGUGAUCCUACGGAGUUGUCGAGAAUUUCAAUGCGAGUGGCCGACGACGGCAAAAUGACGUUUGUUGACGCUCGGGUUUCUCAACUUCUAGGUCUCAGCCCUGACCAAUUAGUAGGACGAUUCUGGUGGCAAGUCGUUCAUCCGUCCGAUGAGCAAACUCUGCACGACUCUUUUAUAGCCCUAGUGACACGUGAUCAACCGUUACGACUGAACUGCCGUAUUCGAUCAGCUACUGACUACCGACCAUGUACAAUCUCUGCAUACAAGUUCUUGAAUCCAUUUAACGAGCAGUUCGAAUUCAUUGUCGCUACUCAUCAUAUCAUAUCAGUUGACGAGGAGUCGUGGAUCUCUAAUACCACUGACCCUGGUCCCGCUUAUGCACCUCCUGCUGCUGAUUAUUCUUCACAGGAGUGGAGGACCCAAGACCCUUCCAGGAACUCCGCAACUUGGCCUGCAUGGGAUCCGCAAACAUAUCCACCACACUCAUGA